AUGCAAUGGCUGGUUAGCGCGGCGGCUUGCGGCGUGCUGUGCGGCGCGGGCGUCGCCGGCGUGCCGCACUCGCCGCCGCUGCUGCCGUCGCUCGCGCCGCCUUGCCCCGCGCACUGUAUCUGCCUGUCGCAGUCGCAGGUGGUGUGCAAUAGUGCUGCACUGCGCGGCGUGCCGUCGGCGCUGAGCGGCAGCGUGACGCAGCUGUCGCUGUCUCGUGCGGACCUGCGCGUGCUACGCUCGGAUGCGUUCGCGCACCUUCGUCAGCUGCGCCGCCUGGCGCUCGACGCCUGUAACCUCACGCGCAUCCGCCCCUUCGCCUUCCGCGGCCUCCCGCGCCUCCGCGAGCUCUACAUCCAGCACACGCCGCUCGCCACCGUCGACGCGUUCGCCUUCGCCGCCCUCCAAAACAUCACCACCAUCGUCCUCACCCACAACAGAAUCGCACAAAUAGAGGCCUACGCCUUCGCGGGAACCAACUACAUCAAACUCAUCUCCUUACGGAACAACCCUAUAAAACGGAUACUGGCCCACGCCUUCUCCGGCCUGAACGACGUCACGCAGAUCGAGUUACCAUCUGGAAUAAGAUCCAUAGAGCCGCAAGCGUUCGCCGGCCUCGAAGGGAUCGGCACAUUGGAGCUGGCUUACAUGGAUUUGCCGGCGCUCCUCCCGGAUACUUUCCGCGGCCUGACGCGUGUCGGUCGACUUGCGCUACGCGAGUCUGACCUCGGGAUCAUUCGAGUCGGAGCAUUCGAUGGUCUGCAACGAGUCGACGUGCUGGAGAUGUGUAACAACAAAAUUGACGCUAUAGAGGAGCUUUCUUUGAUUCAAAAUAACAGCGUGCGCAGUUUUAAAUUGACGGGGAAUCACAUGUUGGAGUCCCCGGAGUCGGUCGUGCUGGAAGUGGAUGAUAUAUUGAUAAGCGGGAACCAUUUGCCGUGUGAGUGUGGCCGCGACCCGUUGGCGAAUCCGCUGGCGUUGACUGCGGGUUUCGCGGACGAGAAUUUUUGUAUAUCACCACUGAAGGUGCGCGGGCGCAGCUUGGGCAGCGCGGCUAGCGCGGGCGCGGCGUGCCGGGGCGAGGCCGGGGGCAGCGCGCGCGCGCGGGCGGCGGCGGGCGCGGGCGCGCUGCUCGGGGACGCGCUCGCGCCGCCGCACCUCGCCAUCACCGUCAUCGCCCUCGCUUUUUUCGCGGGUAGCUAA